AUGCGAUACGAGCUCACAGGAAUCUACCACAACAACUAUGACGGCUCUCUCAACAUGGCUAAUGGCUUCCCCGUUUUUGCUACUGUAAUCCUGGCCAAUCACAUCGCCCGUAAGGAUCAGGGCGUGGCUGUGGCGGAGCUCACCGACGAAGACAUCAAAGCCAUCGUGGCUCUGUCCAAAGACGAGCGCAUCGGAGAACGGAUUUUCGCAAGUAUUGGUCCUUCCAUUUAUGGGCACGAGGACAUCAAACGCGGUCUAGCGCUUGCUCUGUUUGGCGGCGAAGCCAAGAAUCCAGAGGGAAAGUUGCUCAAUGGCUUCCCCGUUUUUGCUACUGUAAUCCUGGCCAAUCACAUCGCCCGUAAGGAUCAGGGCGUGGCUGUGGCGGAGCUCACCGACGAAGACAUCAAAGCCAUCGUGGCUCUGUCCAAAGACGAGCGCAUCGGAGAACGGAUUUUCGCAAGUAUUGGUCCUUCCAUUUAUGGGCACGAGGACAUCAAACGCGGUCUAGCGCUUGCUCUGUUUGGCGGCGAAGCCAAGAAUCCAGGCGGGAAGCACAAGGUGCGUGGUGAUAUUAACGUUCUCCUGUGUGGAGAUCCAGGCACAGCCAAGUCCCAGUUCCUAAAGUACAUCGAGAAGGUUGCGAGUCGCGCUGUCUUCACUACAGGUCAGGGCGCUUCCGCCGUGGGUCUGACGGCUUAUGUGCAACGUCAUCCCGUGACUCGAGAGUGGACGCUGGAGGCGGGAGCUUUGGUGCUGGCGGACCGUGGAGUCUGCCUCAUUGACGAGUUUGAUAAGAUGAACGAUCAGGACAGGACCAGCAUCCAUGAAGCCAUGGAGCAGCAGAGCAUCUCCAUUUCUAAAGCUGGGAUUGUCACAUCGCUGCAGGCUCGCUGUACUGUCAUGGCUGCCGCCAAUCCUAUCGGUGGACGUUACGACCCGUCUCUCACAUUUUCUGAAAACGUGGACCUGACGGAGCCCAUCAUAUCUCGAUUUGACGUUCUUUGCGUCGUAAGAGACACCGUCGAUCCUGUGCAGGAUGAAAUGCUGGCUCGCUUCGUGGUGGGCAGCCACAUCAAACAUCACCCAAGCAACAAAGAAGGGGGCAUGGCCAGUCUAGAGGAGGUGGUGCUGCCAAACACCUUUGAUGUCCCGCCCAUCCCUCAGGAGCUGCUCAGGAAGUACAUCAUGUACGCCAAAGAGCGGGUGCGACCGAAACUCAACCAGAUGGACCAAGACAAGGUUGCCCGAAUUUACAGCGACCUUCGAAAAGAGUCUAUGGCUACAGGAAGUAUCCCGAUUACCGUGCGUCACAUAGAGUCCAUGAUCCGCAUGGCCGAGGCUCACGCCCGCAUGCAUCUGCGGGAUUACGUGCUGGAGGACGACGUGAACAUGGCUAUCCGUGUCAUGCUAGAAAGCUUCAUUGACACGCAGAAGUUCAGCGUGAUGAGGAGCAUGCGGAAGACAUUUGCACGGUAUCUGGCGUUCAGACGAGACAACAACGAGCUGCUGCUCUUCGUCCUGAAGCAGCUGGUUUCCGAGCAGGUUGCGUAUCAGCGCAACCGUUACGGAGCCCAGCAGGACACCAUCGAGAUUCCUGAAAAAGAUCUGGUGGACAAGGCCCGGCAGAUUAACAUCCACAACCUGUCUGCGUUUUACGACAGCGACCUGUUCCGCUCUAACAAAUUCUCCCACGACGCCAAGAAAAAGCUCAUCGCACAGCAGUUCUAGGCACUCGUUCUGGAUUAGUUCACGAGCAGUUGCUUCGAAUCUCUUGGACUUGUAUAUAUUCUGUUAUGAGGUUUGUCGGAGAAAUUGUUACGUGGAUUGAAUAUUGUUUUUGGUCCUUUCAUGAGCUUGUUACCGUAGUCGUUACGGUUGAAGUGAUCCGCUUGGCUUGUGCGGUCUUGUCGGCUGCAUGUGAAAUGUCGUUCUUGAACUUUCUAUAAUGUCAGUUUUGCAGAAGUACUGCAUUUAUUAAAUUUGUGAUGUAAAAAAUUACUUUUGUACUGUUAUGUUCUGAACAAUAAAUCUUAAAGGGUUAGUUCACCCACAAAUGAAAAUUCUGUCAUUACUUACUCA